AUGUUGGAAGCGAAGCUCGAGCAGGCGGACAUCCUGAAGAAGGUCGUUGACGCCAUCAAGGACCUGGUCCAAGACUGCAACUUCGACUGCAAUGACUCUGGUAUCGCGCUCCAGGCCAUGGACAACUCUCACGUUGCCCUGGUCUCCAUGAUGCUCAAGGCCGAGGCCUUCUCUCCCUACCGAUGCGAUCGCAACAUCGCGCUCGGCGUCAACCUGACCUCGCUCACCAAGUCUGAGCCUCACAUUCGAGAACGGCAGGACCGUUUCAGCGAGUACGACCUCAAGCUCAUGGACAUUGACCAGGAGCACCUGGGCAUUCCCGAUACGGACUACGCCGCGACCAUCACCCUGCCCUCCAACGAGUUCAGGCGCAUCUGCGUGGACCUUUCCGCUAUGAGCGAGUCGGUCACUAUUGAAGCGAACAAGGAUGGCGUCAAGUUCUCGAGCAACGGCGACAUCGGCAAUGGCGCCGUCACCCUGCGCUCUCACCAGAACGUCGACAGCCCUCAGACCAACGUCGAGAUUGCGCUCACCGAGCCCGUCACCCUGACCUUCUCCCUCAAGUACCUUGUCAACUUCUGCAAGGCCUCAGGCCUCUCCACUUCCGUCAAGCUCUGUCUCUCCAACGAGGUGCCCCUGCUCGUCGAGUACCCGCUCACCGGCGAGGGCGGCAGCUUCCUGCAAUUUUACCUCGCGCCCAAGAUUGGCGACGAGGAGUAA